CAAAAACAAAAAGUGAUGACCUGUAACAGCAACUUAAGUCUCUCAGUUCCCAGCAAUCUGGAGAGAGAGAGGAAGAUGAGGGUUAGAGAGAUGAGAGUAAGGUCCUGGUUAGUCGAAUUGGCGCCAUUUGCAGCCAUGGUGGCUGUGGAAUGCCUGGAUGUUGGCUUAACUACCCUCAGCAAAGCUGCCAUGUCCAAAGGGAUGAGCCACUUUGUCUUUGUUGUCUACUCAAAUGCUUUGGCUUCUGUCAUUCUGAUUCCUGCUGCUUUCUUCUUCACUAGGAAAAAGAGGCCACCAAUUACCUUACCUUUGCUGUGCAAGUUUUUCCUCUUAAGCAUUGCUGGGAUUACUUUGAUGCAGAACUGCGUAUUUACUGGUGUAAGCUACAGCUCUCCAACCCUUGCUUCUGCUCUUGGCAACUUGGUCCCAGCUUUCACUUUCUUGCUUGCUGUUAUCUUCAGGAUGGAAAAGCUAGAGUUGACAAGCUCAAGGAGUCAGAUCAAGAUCUUGGGCACCUUGGUAUCCAUUUCUGGAGCACUGAUCAUGACCCUUUACAAGGGUUCUGCAAUACUUUCCCCACCUGCUCAACCACAAUCUGAUCCCUCUGCCAUGUUAACAACAACAAACAAUUGGAUCAUAGGUGGCCUCUUUCUUGCCACAGCCUGCUUGUCUCUUUCAACAAACAUCAUCGGUCAGGCGGCAAUCCUGAAGGGGUAUCCCUCAGAGAUAGUGCUGGUGUCCUUCUACUGCUUCUUUGGGACCAUUCAAUGCGCAUUGGUUGCUUUGGUUGCUGAAAGAAACACAAAUGCUUGGAAAUUGAGUCCUGAUAUCGAACUCGUCUCUGUGGUCUAUUCAGCUCUAUUUGGAAGUGUGGUAACAUUUGCCGUUUUAGCAUGGUGCAUACGACGGAAAGGGCCUGUCUUUGUGGCCAUGUUCAAGCCCUUAAGCAUAGCUAUUGCUGCCUUCUUGGGGUUCAUUUUCCUCGGUGAAACGCUUUAUGUUGGAAGUAUUGUUGGAGCAGCCAUAAUUGUUACUGGCUUUUAUGGGGUGAUAUGGGCACAGUCCAAAGAAGAGGAGGAUGAAGACGCCAACAUUCAUAAGCUACAUUCAUCAUCAUCAAAGAUCCCUCUCUUACAUGGACAUUUAGAUGCAUAAAUGUUUUUCUUGCCCACACUUCUUUGUGCAAAUGAGCUGAUCUCUAUACAUGUGGACUUUAGACCUUCCUUUCCACCAAAAUUUACAGUAGUAAGAAUUUUUUUGUUUUAAGACUUGGGGAGAGGAUGAAGUAAAUAUAUGUAAAUGAUGUCCUUUGGACAAUUGAAGAUAUAUUUAAAUGUAAUAAUGGUCAUUCUAGUAAAGUAAUGAGAAAAUAGAUCUUGAAAACUA